CCAAACAACCACUCCCAAAAUGUUCAAGAUUGUCUGCCUGUUCGCCGUCAUUGCCGUCGCUUUGGUUUCGGCCGAACCCAAGCCCAAUUUAGUUGCCUACAGCGCUCCCCUGGUAGCCGCGGCUCCAGCAGCCUUCGUUUCGCAAGGAUCGGCCGUCUAUGAGCGCACCUUCCACGGAAACACUGCUCCAUUUGCCCCGGUUGCUGCCUACGCCUCUGCUCCCUAUGUCGCUGCUCCUCUGGCUUAUUCGGCCUAUCCGGCUCCUUACUACACCGCCGGUGCUCCAGUCUUCGUCAAGUGAGCUGCUGAUGGAUUCCAAACGAUGUGAAGCAUGUUCCUGAUUUUCUGAGCGAAACCCCUUGCUAGUCCGUUCUGAUUGUUGUGUUCAAGAUUCUAGUAAAACAAAAUGAAAAAA